AUGGAUUCUGACUCCUCGUCCUCCUCCUCCUCCUCCUCCUCCACCACCUCCUCCUCGUCUACCUCAUCCUUGCCAUCCUCGCCCUCCUUCACCUCCCCUUUCAAAAGUGGGGUCAUGCUGUACAUGCUCUACUUAAGCCAGGAGGAUCUGGAGAGGUUCAAGCAGCUCUUAGUGCUGGAGGAGCUCAAAGCGGGCUCCACGCGGAUCACCUGGGACCAGGUGAGGACAGCCAGAUGGGGCGAGGUGGUCCAUCUCUUGACGGAGUACUUCCCCGGUCACCUCGCUUGGAAUAAGGCUCAACACAUCUUUGCCAGCAUGGACAAGACCCAACUGUGCGAUCGGACGCGGACGGAACUACAAGAGCUCCUGCCUCACCUGGAGCCCACGGGCCCACCCCCAAGAAGAGCACUGAGGACCUUGGAGGAGGAAUACCCUGCCAUGGUACAGCACUACCGGCAGCAGGUGCUGGACCACUACUCCGACCUGGUGGACCGCCUGGCGUGGCCCGGGAACCAGGCGGACUUCUUCUACCAGGACAUCCUCCGGCACCAGAGGCUCCUGCCCUGUCUGUUCCUCCCCCGCAGGCCUCACGGCCAGCCGCCCCGGACAGUGGUCCUGCGGGGCGUGGCCGGGGCAGGGAAAACCACGCUGGCGCACCAGGUGAUGCUGGAGUGGGCGGGGCGCACCUUCUACCGGCACAAGGCCUGGUGCGCCUUCUAUGUCCACUGCCGCCACGCAGGGGCGCUGGCCGCCAAGGCCCUGGCCAGGCCAGAACAGCUGCUGCUCAUCCUCGAUGGCUUCGAGGUGCUGGCCUUGCCCCUGGCUCACAGGCGCAAGGAUCUGAGAGCGGACUGGAGUCGGAAGCUGCCGGUCCCCGUCCUCCUGGCCAGCCUGCUGAGCGGGAAGAUGCUGCCCCAGGCCUCGCUGCUGCUCCUGCUGAGAUUCUCCUCCUGGAGGGUCCUCAAGCCCCUGCUGAGCUGCCCCUCGGUCCUGACCCUCUCGGGGUUCACCGCCCCGGAAAGGACCCAGUAUCUCCGGAGGUACUUUGGGGACGGGAGGGCGGCCGACAAGGCCGUGGAUUUCCUCCGGGGCAGCGCCAUCCCCUCCUCCAUGUGCCAGGAGCCCGCCGUGUGCUGGCUGGUCUGCUUGUGCCUCAAGGAGCCGGUGGAGAGGGGCGCCGACCUCUUCCUCGCCUUCCCCAACGCGGCCGCCCUGUUCGCCCGGCACCUGUCCAACGCCUUGGUGGCCGCGGUGGGAGGCCUUCCGGGGACCCCUCUCCAAGAAUGCCUGCAGGGGGUGUGCUCCCUGGCGGCCGAGGGCAUGUGGGCCGCGCGCUGGGUAUUUGGGGAGAAGGAGCUGGAGCGCGCCCAGCUGGGCCCGGAGGCCGUGGAUGCUCUGCUGCGCGCCCACGUCCUCCAGAGCGUGGUGAGGGGCGAGGCCCGCUACACCUUUGCCCUCCUGAGCUUCCAGGAGUUUUUCGCCGCCUUGUGGUACGUGCUCCGCUUCCCAGGGCGGUUCCCCGAGUUCCAGAAGCUGGACCAGGCCCACGUGAGGCGCCUGCUGGCCCAGCCCAGCCGGAGGAGGAAUGACCUGGCCCACAUGGCGCUCUUCCUUUUCGGCCUCUUCAACGAGACGUGCGCCCGGGCGGUGGGGAGGUCUUUCCGGUGUGAGGUGUCCCUGGGGAACAAGGAGGUGUUGUCCCGGACAGCCCUGUGGCAGGACCGCCUGCCCACCAAGCACCACGGGCUGCCCCUGCUGUUCUACUGCCUGCAUGAGACGCGGGAAGAGGCGUUCCUAGCCCAGGUGCUGCAGCCCUGCAAGCAGGCCACGCUGAUGGUCGCCAAGCACAGGGACCUGCAGGUGUGCGCUUUCUGCCUCCGCUGCUGCCAGCGCCUGCGGGAGAUGAAGCUGAUCUUGACCCUGACCAUCCACAAGGCGAUACCAGAAGGCACCAACUGGCGCCUCUGCUGGUGGGAGGAGCUCUGCAUGGCGCUGGCUCUGCAGGACUUGGAGGCCCUGUCCCUGACCAACAGCGUCAUAGAGCUGGACGCCAUGCAGGCCCUCAGCGCGGCCCUGGAGAGCCCUCGCUGCCAACUGCACACCCUAAGGUUGGAAGGCUGCUCGAUCACCCCUGGAAGUAUGCUUGAAUUUGCCGAAGACCUUUCAAGUAACCUGAAGCUGAAGACGCUGGUGGUACGGAGGAUCUACCUGAAGGACGAGGGGGCCUGUUCCCUGUCCAAGGCCCAGCGGGAGAGGCUGGCGCUGGAGUGCUGUGACUACACGCUGCUCUCCUAUCGAAGCCUCAUCCUCCCUCUCAGCAGCAACCACAGGCUGACCCACCUGAGCCUGGCCGGGAACACCCUGAGGCACGAAGGCGCCAAGGACCUGUGGAGCGCCCUGCAGAAAGCCAAGUGCCCACUACAGAGGCUCGUCCUGAGGAACUGUGCCCUGACUGCCUGCUGCUGCUGGGAGGCAGCCUGCGCUCUUGUCCAGAUCACAACCCUGCAAAGCCUGGACCUCAGCUUUAACAACCUGACAGAUGAGGGGUUGGACCAGUUCUGCAAGACCCUGGAGAACCGUAACUUUGGACUCCAGGUGCUUGAGCUGGAGAGGUGCCAGCUCACCUCCGACUGCUGCCAGGCCGUGGCCUCCUUGCUCCGCCGCCACCCGAGCCUGAGGCACCUGGACCUGAGAAAGAAUGACAUUAGGCUCAGGGGCGUCGAGCUCCUGUACCAGGCCUUCGACCAGUGGAAGGGGGACACGGAGGUUGUCCUGGAGAGGAAGCAGAGUUGCCAUGUGAACGUGGCGCUCAGGCUGGAGGGGCCCCGGGUGAACAACAAGGUGCUGAGGAUCCUGCAGGACUGGGACGCGAGGGCGUCACAGAGGCCGCGCUGA